AUGCCUUAGGAAGUAUAGAAUCGAUUUAAAGCUUUGAAGGCUUUAUAUGAUAAAGAAAGAGAACUUGAAUACGAGAUGGAACAGUAGUACAGAGAACUUGAAAGAAAAUUUGAAUUGAGAAUGUCUGAUAUCUAUGAUGAAAGGGAGGAUGUUUUAUCAGGGGAAAUAAUUGAAUCUGAUUAUAUUCUAGAUGAUUACGAAAAAAGAUCUAUCGAGUUAUAGGAUUCUAAUUACUUCUUGAUGAAGGUAGAUGCUUUAGAUAUAAGACUUUUGCAAUCGUAAGGGCCAUCUGGUGUAAAAGGAUUUUGGUACCAAGCCAUGAAAAAUCACCCUAAAAUAAGCAAGAUCGUGACUGAGAGUGAUAAAGAUUAAUUAAUGUAUCUUAGGCACAUAGAGACUAAGCUACAUUCAAAUGACUAAGGCUUUGAUUUAACUUUCCGUUUCGAUCCAAAUCCUUAUUUCAAGGAUUCAACACUAUACAAGAAGUACUACAUGAGAAAGUCUAACAUCAUUGAUGAGGUUGAGGGGUGUAGCAUUUACUGGAGCUAAAAUCCACAAAGAGCAGGUAGUUUACUAAAGCAGGUACUCUAAAAAAAACUUACUAUGAUGGUAGAAUCUAAGAAAGUAAACUAAAAUUUGGAGAGCUUCUUCUAAUUCUUUAAACAUAAAAAACCUUUAUCAAGCGGUUAGGCUAAAUCAAUGACAUUGGAAUAAGAGGAAGAAAUGAGGGAAAGAAUGGAAUAAGAUUAUGAUUAUGGUCUGGCAUUUAAGGAUCAGUUAAUUCCUUUAGCUCUUGAAUACUACCUUGGAGCUAUGGGAGUUGUCAAGGAUUUAGGCUCAGAAGGUGAUAACUUAGGCCUAGAUAGCACAGAAUUGAUGAACUAUGAUGAUAAUAUGAGUGAAUUUGAAGAUGACCCUAAAUAAAAAUCUAGGAAGAAAUUUGAGGAAAUUAAUUAAAUGUUUGCCAUAGCUACCUAGAAAGGCUGUAACUAAUAAUGA